AUGCCCCCCAAGCUUUCGAAAGCAGAUAAGCAAACACUUAUUGUGACUCACCUCCAAACAACGGGGACCUGUUACACGCUCAAGGAUCUAGAGAAGAUUCUCCCUAGUGUGGCCUCGAUUAAUAGUAUUCAGGUCAAAGAAUUUAUCCAAGCCCUCACAGAUGAGAACCUUAUUCGGGUUGAGAAGAUCGGCAGUGGGAACUGGUACUGGAGCUUCGGAAGUGACGCAAAGCUUGAACGGGAACACCAGUUGAAUCGGGUGCAGACGGAAGUGGAGAAAGCGCGGAAAUCACAUACCGAGCUAGUAGCGGCGUUGGCCGCUGAGACUACGCGACGAAAAGAAGACGAGGCUGAAGCGAUGGGGACUGCUACAAUGGCUACAAGUACUACGAAUCUCGAAGGUAGCAUCGAGACCGCUCAGACUGGGAUUGAUGCACUGCGGAAGAAUCUAUUGGAUGUUAGAAACGGUCUUGAAGCGGAGGUGCAUCGGCUUCGGGUAGCAGAGACGGGGUUGGGCGACUCGGUGUGCCAGAAGAGUGGGAUGCAGCUUCGGAGGGAGCUAGCGGAGUUUAGGCAGCAAGCAUUACAAUGGACGGAUAACCUGUAUGUCCUCGAGCAGCAUCUGCGUGAAUUGGCUGGUGGCGAUAAGGAAAUUGUCGCAGCGGUACUGCGUGAAUGUUAUGGGGACGAGUAUGUGGAUGGAAGUUUACGAGAACUGUGA